GAUGUUUAGCACAAAUACUUACUUUGCGCCUACCCAGCUAAAGCAAUAUGGCAGCGCGCAGUGAGGCACUCUGUGGAUAAGUGAAGCACAUAUUGAAUGUAUUUUAAGAAUUGUAGAGGGGGGAAAAUAGUGCGAAUUCAUUUAGACUGUUAGUUAUUUAAUAUAUUUUUAAACAGAUGUGGCUAUGUCUGUAAUUUGCAAAGACACGAGAGGAUGGCUUUUGGAUCAACUUUCUCACUUAAACAAGGCUUUCCAGCGCUGCGUUUCAGUCAAAAGUCCUGGACAGAGACAGCAAAUGAAAUGUGUUUUUAAACGAGAAUAUUUCAACAUUUUUAAACCUCAUAUUAUUUCAAAGUUGUGUAGCAAUACUAAUGUUACUGCACGUAGUUACUCAAAUGCUGUACAGGAAGGAGAGGGGAAUAAUGAUGGAAACUUUGAAACGAUCAGAGAGGAACCAUUUUCACUGAAAAAGAAACGGAAGCGAAAAUUGAAGGAACUUAACAAAGGGGAAGUAGAUGCCUAUGAAUAUCAUGCAAAGGUAAGUAAAAUUGUACUAGAGGGCACCAAACUUUUGGUCGAAAAAGGCUUUGCACAUGGUAUUCUAGAUCCAUCAGAAACAGGAAGGGAAAGUGAAAGGCUUGCUUCGGGAGUUGAUGACAACCGUCUGGCAGAUCUUUGUGAAAUGGCAAAGCAGCUCCCAUUAGUGGGUGACAAUGAGGAUAAAACUGUGCAGAUAAUAAGCGAGGAUGACAUGACCUCCACAGAAGAUCUGGAUCUGUUUUCAUAUGUAACAGAAAACAUUUCAGACUGUGCAAGACUGGUAACCUUAAUGGGACAGGAAUAUCUCAUUCCCCCACGCAGCAGCUUCCUUCUGGCUGAUAUAUCUUGUAUCCAGCCACUUGUAAAAUAUAAUAAAACAUAUGAUGUCAUUGUUUUAGACCCCCCUUGGGAAAACAAGUCAGUCAAAAGGAGUAACAGGUACAACUCCCUUCCCUCUUGUCAAAUCAAGCAAAUUCCUAUUCCAAGUCUGGCAGCUCCAGAUUGCCUUGUGGUCACAUGGGUAACCAACAGGCAGAAGCACUUGCAGUUUGUAAAGGAAGAGCUGUACCCUUAUUGGUCUAUUGAAGUGCUUGCCGAGUGGCAAUGGGUGAAGAUCACAAAAUCAGGAGAAUUUGUAUUCCCACUGGAAUCUCCACACAAGAAACCAUAUGAAAUCUUGGUGUUGGGAAGAUACAAGAAAAUUAAAGACAAAUCACCCAGCACACCAGAGGUCAAAACAAACACUUUUCCAGAUUGCAAGUUAAUUAUCAGUGUACCCUCCACUCUUCAUUCACAAAAACCUUCCCUGGCAGAUGUAUUGAAAGAAUUUGUUGAUCCUGAAGCAAAGUGUUUGGAGUUGUUUGCACGCAACCUUCAGCCUGGUUGGACAAGUUGGGGGAAUGAAGUCCUCAAGUUCCAGCACCUGAGUUACUUUAAUAUUGAGGAGACAUGGCAGGAUCCCCUUGCAUAAUGCCAUUUGAAGCACCGGAUAUAUCCUGACAUAAAUUGAUAGAUUUUCAGACCUAAACCUUUUUUCUUUUUUUAAUGACAACACAUGCAGCAACCAAUGGAUUAAGUAUAUAUGACUGUUUUCAAUAAAACAAAGACUUUGUCAGGCAUUAAGACAUGGAACACAUAAUCCAGGAGGGCAGCAUAUACUGAACAGAUUUAAUUUAGAAUGAGUUUAUACCACUGGAUCAACUUAUUUUUUUUAACAUUCCCCUUGAUUAAAAUGUCAGAUUUUGGAAUUAAAGUUGAAAAGGGUACAGUGUCUCUCUGAGUUAUACAUUUAUUUUGAGGCAAAAUGCAACAGUUACACACACAGGUGCAAACACCCAAUCAUUAGUAAAAGUUAACUGAUGAAUUGGCCUUAAUGUAAUGCAGCGUAUAUGUUUAAAUACACUCUAAUAGUUGUAUUGAGUAUAUAUUGGUUGACCUGAAACAAUUAAAAUAAACAAUACCUACCCUUAUUUCUCUUAUAUUUGAUACUAAGUACAUAUCAGAAACAUCUCAGUUCAGCUCCAGGUCUCUGGAGCCCCUCUGACAGCUGCGUCCUUUCUGUUUUUGAUAACAUGCUGUGUGUAACAUCAUAUGGAUCAUUGGCUUUGUUAAGAGAUACCUGAAAAAAAUGGAUGUUAUAUAUAUAUAUUUUUAGUAUCUUUUUUAUUUUAUUUUUAUAUAUCUAUAGUACCUGGAAUACAGCAGUCAUUAUUUUAGGGCAGCAGUGUGGAGUAGUGGUUAGGGCUCUGGACUCUUGACCGGAGGGUUGUGGGUUCAAUCCCAGAUGGGGGACACUGCUGCUGUACCCUUGAGCAAGGUACUUUACCUAGAUUGCUCCAGUAAAAACCCAACUGUAUAAAUGGGUAAUUGUAUGUAAAAAAUAAUGUGAUAUCUUGUAACAAUUGUAAGUCGCCCUGGAUAAGUGCGUCUGCUAAGAAAUAAAUAAUAAUAAUAAUAAUAUGACAGAAACUGACAAUUGACUUAAUUUAUAUCUACUGUAACAGUUCAAUACAUGAAGUUUAGAAAACACAAAAAAACAAAAACGUAGUCCUAAGAAAUCUAAUAAUACACGUAAACAACAAUUGUUUUGGUAUCUGACGAGCACUUUACUGAUCUAAUGAGAAUUCCAUGACUCUUUCAGGCAACCUGUCAGAAAGCUUUAUGAGGACGAAUUACAUUUGCUUCAGAGCAAUUUAAAAUUAAUGAAUCCAGAGAUGGGGGGCUGCUGGAUAAUUUAGCACUAAACAUUUAUAAGCCUUCCUUAGGAUUCUUUGUUGGCAAGGUUUGUUGUGUGUCAAUCUGUGAAGGGGUUUAAUGUAUCCUGGUCAUGUUUGCCUAAAGAAGCAGAAAUCUAAACAAUAUUGAAUACUUUACAGAUUCAAUUAAAACCAGACAUUUCCAUUCUGAUUGGACACCCCUCAAGAGUAUUUGCUUAUUUCCCAAUACUCUAACUUAAGUUGGAAUACUACCUCACCCUUUAAUUGCACCGGAUGUUUGUUGUUUCAGAAUUCAUUCAUGCAUACAAAUUUGACAGAUAAAACAAAGCAAAAGGAACAGGCGUCUGAAGAAAUCUGGGAGAGGCACACAUAUAUCUAAGCCAGCAGCAAAGAAUGGCAUACAUGACUAUUGUAUAGUUCAUUAUAAAGGUGUUUAAAAUGUUACGGUUAUGGUAUACAUACAUAUUUUUCCUUGUUUGUUGUGUUGUGAAUUAACAAUUUCAAACUGUUAUGUAUCUAUUGAUUAAAUGUAACCAAGGUGACACACUUUUAUUAUUUAUCUUUAGAAAGCUAAAAACAUUGCUGUUGACUUCAAAACUAGAUAGGACAAGGUUUUGAAGGGAAUU